AUGUUGCUUGUAUACUUUCUUGUAUUUUUUAUAAAAACUUUGGAUUUCUAUCAUGUUUAUGAUGGGGAUACUGAUACUUUAACAGUUUAUUAUGGCGAGGAUAGUAAAUGUGGAUAUAAAAGUCAAGGGAGUAAAGUUAUUCAAGCUGGAAAUUUGUUGAAGGCUCCAACUACAACAUCAACAACAACAACGACGACGACGACGACGACAAAACCAUCAACAACUACAACCCAAGAUCGCACAAAAUUUAAUUGCAUUGAUAACUGGACUAAAGUAAAAAGAGAUGGCUAUAAUUGGUGUUGGCAAAUUUUUUGGUUCAACGAAACUCAUGAUAGUGCACAGUCAGUGUGUUUGGGAAUACAAUCAGCAAACUUGAGUGGGUUUCAAAAUGUCGCGGAGAAAACUACUGUAGCUAAUGCGUUCAGUUCGAAGUUUUCAAAUGCAAUCAGCGGAGUAAGUUUUCACUUUUAAUUGUAUAAAUUAUUUUUUGGAUCAGCUUAAUACCAGAACAACUUAUUAUGGAAUGCUUUGGAUUGGAUUGCAAAGAACAUCUCAAUGUUGGAAUAAAAAUACGACUGAAUGUAAAACUGGAAGUGCUUUUAAAUGGACUGAUGGUAGUACAAGUUUGUCUACUGCAUCUCUCACGACAGAUUGGUGGACUCCCAAUAAUCCAGAUAAUUCAGGGUGAGGAAAUUGCGGGGAAAAGGUUUUCCGGAUGCUGGUAACCUUCUGAGGUGUCUCAAGUUGCUCCUUGAGACCUUCUCGUAAAAAUUGAAUUUCAGAAAUGUUCAAACGUACGUUGUUAUGUACAUGUCAUCAAAUGCAUCAGAUAAACACAGUGGGAAACUUGACGAUGCUACAAACGAUUUCAAUGCAAAUUCAAUGUUCACGCUACGCGGAUAUAUUUGUGGAAAACCUGCAACUGCUUAA